AUGGCUGUAAUAAGUUAAAACUUAAAAAUCACAAUUCAUCCCCUUUAAUAAAUGACGGUCUAAACGUGAAGGAACAACCAACCAACCCACCCCACCCCCCUUAAUAAUGCAUACUGUAAUAAUUUAUUUAGUUUCGAAUCUGCUCCUUCUUCUCCACUGAGUCACAGACAGAUCACACUGACACUGUAUCUGCGCCGUCCGUGUGAGAGAGAAAAAAUGGUCGGACCAAUUCGGCCACAAUUUGUUCUGUUUGGUUCUUCCAUUGUUCAGCUCAGUUUUUUGAAAGAAGGUUGGGGUGCUAUUCUUUCUCACUUGUAUUCUCGCAAGGCUGAUAUAGUUCUGCGAGGAUACUCUGGUUGGAAUACAAGGCGCGCUGUGCAGGUUCUAGAUACAAUUUUUCCCAAGAAUGCCACCGAGCAACCUUCGUUGAUAAUAGUGUACUUCGGUGGUAAUGAUUCUAUUCUUUCACAUCCAAGUGGCCUUGGUCAACAUGUACCUCUCCAAGAAUACAUUGAAAAUAUGAAGAAGAUUGCUAACCAUCUCAAGAGCCUGUCAAAGAAGACUCGCCUUAUAUUUCUCAGUGCUCCUCCUGUCAAUGAGGCACAAAUUUAUGGAAACAGUUGUAUAAAGAGGCCGCCAAGGAAUAAUGAAUCCUGUCGAAUAUAUUCAGAAGCAUGUUUGGAGCUAUGUCGCGAGAUGAAUAUCAAGGCCAUUGAUCUGUGGUCUUUACUCCAGAAAAGGGAUGACUGGCGAGAUGUUUGCUUCACGGAUGGAAUUCAUCUGACAUCCGAGGGUAGCAAGAUAGUGGUAAAAGAGAUACUUAAUGUUCUCAAAGAAGCAGAUUGGGAACCUUGCUUGCAUUGGAAGUCACUGCCAAAUGAAUUUGGAGAAGAUUCACCCUAUGAUCCACUUGGCCCAGAUGAAAAAUCAACUUUGAAUGUUUCCAGCUUGACCUUCCUGGAAACUUCAGAAUAUGAUUGAUGUGCAUUUGUGAAACAAAAGACAUGUUCCAAUUUAUUGAAUCAUUUGCAACAACCAUAAAUAACACGAAUUUAGAACUGUGCCUAAAGAAAAAUGGUUUUCUUAGUUCUGUUUAUUACUUCUUUUACUA